CAAAUGAAAUUAACUCAUAUACUAUUAUUCCACCGGUUAUAUCGAGAUGUCAUAUUUCUGAUGAACCAAUAAAUCUUUAUCCAGGAAGAAAUACAUUAGAUUUGUACUCUUUAAAGAAUUCUACUUUACAUUCACUUGGACUUAAUUAUGAAUUAAACAAUACUCUCGGCUUUAGUCACAUUUACGUUAUUAAUCUUAUAAAUCGACGAGAUAGACGUGAAAAAUUAGAAAUUUUAGCCAAGAAACUUAAUUUAAAAUUCGAAUUUUUUCCUGCUGUUUCUCAAGACGAUGAAAAUGCACUAAAAGAACUUGAAGAUGACGUAGAUUUCGAACUUAAUAUCGCAUCAAUUAUAUCAGAUACAUAUCGAUUUUUGCCAUCCAAUUGGGAUAUCUAUUUUCUUGGAUAUU